AAUGUUCAUUUUCUACUCUUAAAAGCAAUUUUAUUUAUAGGAAAUUACAAGCAGACAGACAAGUCUUUGUUGAAACUCAUAAUUUAACCUUGAAGACGAUGAAGUGAAUUGUUUAUGUUGAUUUAUUUGGUUCAGGGUUUUUAAUUAAUUAGUGGAAGAGAUGAAGAUGAAAGCAUUGACUGACAUGAGGAAGAGGAAGAUACUUCACAGGAAGUGAUGAUAACGCGCUUCAGGGAAACGUGGUGGCAGCAGAGAUGAAAAGAGUGAAAAGAAGGAACUUACAGAGGAGGGCCAGGGAGGUCUGAGCUUCUACUUGUUCGUACGCUAAAAAUCAAACCCUCCAAUAUGGCUUACUGUGUCUAUCUCGACCACUGUCACUAGACUCACUACCAUCUCCACGAAAGCAAUUACCCUUGUUAAUUUCACUUUCACUCACACUCUUCAUCACUGUAAUAUUAAGACUCUCUCUGUCACUUCAUUUAUUUGCUUCUUCACUUCUCUCGCCUUUUCCACACGCAACUUUCCAUGUCUUUUUAACCCUCGUUUCAUUAACUCCAUCAGCACCAUAUCUUCAGGUGUUUUGUUAUUAAUAACUACACAAAAACUCAGUUUUCUGUAUCUUCUUCUUCUUCAUCUUCUUUAAUGAUGGAUGAGCUGUACGCUCUCCAUUCAGGCCUAGAUUAUUCUAUGCAGCAGGCGCCUGCAGAGAAUAUGGUUACUUGGACAAACUAUCAAGAUAUUUCAACCGCCGUUGUUACUUUUGGUGAUAGGCAUCCUGUUUAUGGAUCGGAACAGUUGGGGUCCGGUUCUUCCGGGAUAUCUGAUGCUGCUUCAAUGGUGCCUGAAAUUCAAAGAAACGGUUCAGACGAACAAGCUGCUGUUUCCAGUGCAAUUAGAGCUAGAAUCGCUUCUCAUCCUCUUUACCCUAAACUACUUGAAGCCUAUAUUGAUUGCCAGAAGGUAGGAGCGCCACCGGAGAUAUCUCUUUUGUUGGAUGAAAUCAGGCGAGAAAAUGAUAUUAAUAGGCGAAACACUGUCGUUUCGAGUUGCUUAGGGGCCGAUCCCCAGCUUGACGAAUUCAUGGACACUUACUGCGAUAUACUGGUGAAGUAUAAAUCGGAUCUCUCGAAGCCUUUUGAUGAAGCAACCGCGUUUAUAAACAAUAUGGAAAUGCAGCUCAGUAAACUCUGCACUGCUGAUGAAGGUUUUGGGUCAUCUGAUGAAGAUUAUAGUGGGGGUGAGAGUGAGGUUGCUGAAUGUUUACGGACGCCACCGGUGGACCGGGAGCUGAAGGAUAAACUCUUUCGUAAAUAUGGUGGUUUUAUUAGCAGCUUGAAGCAUGAAUUCUCUAAAAAGAAGAAAAAGGGAAAACUACCUAAAGAAGCCAGGCAAAUAUUGUUUGAUUGGUGGAGUGUUCACAACAAAUGGCCAUACCCCACGGAAGCAGAUAAGGUUCAACUGGCGGAAUCAACCGGGCUAGACCAGAGGCAGAUAAACAAUUGGUUCAUCAAUCAAAGGAAAAGGCACUGGAAACCUGCAGAGAGUAUGCAAUUAACUGUUAUGGAUAGGCUGUAUGCACCAUUUUACAUGAAUGAAUAAGUGUGCUGGGAAUGGGAUUAGCUUCAUAUCACUUAUGUAUAUUCUUAAGCACUACCUUGUGGUUGUCCCAAAACACAGCAAUCUCCUAAAAUGAUUUAAGAUAUAUGUAAAUGGUGAAUUAAUAUUUGAUAUAAUGACAGUUAUAUUUAAUCAA